UUAGAGGGCCGACUUAAGCACAUCUUUUAAACUUGAGACUGCGUCUGAUAUAAAGUAUCCGAAAGAAAAUGUCUUACAUUAUUGGCACCUUUUUUAUCUUAACUGUGGAGCUAUUUGGAGACGUGCGGACUGCUCCCGUUCCUACAGUGAAAAUAUCGCAAACUUACUCUUUGUCAUUGAUGCUGCAGACGUCCAGUGCCAAUCUCCUUAACACAUACCUCCAGUACCAAGGUAGCCCGUUCAGCGACCCCGGAUUUUCCGCACCUGAUCUUCAGCUUGCUGUCCUACCAACGGUGGCCAUCGGUUUCCUGGCUUGGCGAUCAAUGGCAGUCGAAGAGCGACUUUCUUCUAACAUCAGAGCGUACAGCGUAUACAUUGAGUUCCUGCAGCUGGUGAUGGAUGACCAGUCACAGCUGAACCCUGCUGCCAAGGAUCUGAAGGACGCAUUAGAACAUCACCACACUCAUCUCCAAGGGCUGAAAAGCAACAUCAGUGAGAUCAUGACGAACAUGGGAUUCCAGGUCCCAGUGGUGGCAGACACCAUUAGCUCCACCUCUUUCAAUGUCUCCGAAUUUCAGAGGAAAAUCCGUGGCUAUGUGUUCUGCAAAGAGCUGAAGCUGUGGAUUGAUAGGACAGUUCGGGAUUUCCAGCUGCUGAAGACCACUUUCCCGACAGCUUAGUUUGGACAUUGCUCAUUGAACUGAACUGAACAUUUAGUUUUGCUGUGUUUAUACAGCAGUUAGUGUUCUCCGUUCUUCAAGGGGAUAACAUUGACGCCUGAAGUGUGGCAGAAGAAUGAUAUGUGCCUUGUGGUGCUUGCAAGAUUUGAGGUACCACCAUAACUUUCAUUGUUCUUCUACAAUUUGAAUUUGGUGAAACCACGUCAUUUCACCACUGUGAGAGAAUGCGAUCCCUGGGCUUGACAGCAGAGGUCGCUAUAUUUAUUUUAAACACUUGGACGGCAUUGGCCAGCAUAUUUGAGCAUUUGAGAUGUUUCUUUGGAGUUGUGCGGGUUGGCCUGUUUGAGUCUGGGCUGGCAGGUCAGAGAGGUGACUGCAGUCAGCGUGGCUUGAUUUGAUUGUUCUAAACAGUCAGAUAGCACUCUGAUUACAUUUAUUACUACUGAUUAAUGGUUUCUCCAAGGCAUUUUUGUAACCUCAGGAGAAAGUGCUUUGGUUUUGCAUUGUCCUUGAGAAGUAAAUGUGCUGAUACUUUGUCUUCAGGUGCAUUGAAGUGUUAGUUAAGUUCAUGUAGAAUCAGCAGGUAGGAUUCUGUUGCAAGGUGGGGUUGUUAGUUUCACACCCAACCUACCAAACGCUAUGUCUGAUCCACCACUAAAGACCUGUCCGGUUUGGAUGUCCCUACUAGGAGUUUCUGCACCCACCGGCGUAGCUCUUCAGAUGUUAUGAGCACACGCCUCACCACAACAAGGUGAUGGUACUUUCAAGGAGGUGGAGAGUGAGGGUGGAAGUCAAAAAACAUAGGAGAAGUGGAUUUCCAGAUGGCUGUAGCACCAAGGAUGAUCAUGAUGAGUCAGUAAGAUUAUAUUUUCAGUGUUUGGUGACUUGCAUUGUAGACUAAAUGAAGCCAAAGUAUUGCAGUCCAUACAAAUUAAUUUAAAGAAAUAUGGGGAAGAGGUGGAUAUGACAGAGUGACCGUUAAUUAGGGUGGUCAGAUGUUCCAUCUUUCCAGACACAGUCCCGUAUAUUGCCCACAAUUUAGGCGUACCAACUUAUUCAUUCAUCCCCGUAUUUUAGACGUGACUUUCUCAUUCGGUUAAAUUAUUCUGACGUUAUAAUGUACCUUUCGUUGUAAAUGAAUUGGAGAUCAGUGCAUUACCGUUAAUCACCAAUCAUGUUAGUUCUGCUCCAUACAGACGCAGAAUCUGACCAAUCCAACUUCCUGUCAGGUUAGCUGACUUUAACGAUAUACGUACAUUGUGAAGAAGUGGAAAAUGUCCUCAGGCGGCGAACGGUCACGCUUCAAGCUGGACGGAGAAUUGUGAAUUGAGUGGCGGGUUUUGGUCACGGCGUUGUGAACGUUAAUGACUGGUGCUGAUUUCAGAGUUUGUUCUUUAUCACCAUCAGCAGACAAAUUUGAUGGAAUGUCAAUUAGUUAGUAACCAAGAAGUCCCCUUUACUGGGACAAUCCCAUCUUUUCGCCCCAAUUCAGGUACCCAAAAUGAUUAUUAAUGAAGAGUAUCAAUUUAUUCUGUAUUUUAGAUAUGAUUAGUUCUAGCAUUCGUUAGCAUUGCACAUGCAGAAAUAACAAAUGACUCUAAUGGUCUUGUGUGACUUGGUCCUGCUUCUCUGGAGUGGUCGUAUGUGUGACUGCUGUAUAGUAAGUAUAUAAAUGCAUUUUAAUUCCAGCAGUGUAAUGAAGCUUUAAAUUAUAAAAAAGAAGAAAAAAGUGUACUUACACGUGUGCAUGAUCUUCCUUUGGAGUUUUUUUCCAGGAACUCACAUUUUCCUUCCAUAUCUUAAAGACUUUGUCCACAAAACUACAUUUUCAUUUUAAAAUGGUGUUUUAAAACAAACUCCAUCUCCGACCAAGCCGUGGGAAGCAACUCCUCCAUGACUGCUGUGUUGGAAUAGGUAUGUUUGUUUGUUUGGUUGGUUGUUGAAAAGUGACCAAUCAGAAAAGGAGACCUUGUAAUGAGCACGAUCCAAUCAGGUGAGGGCUUUGUAAUAAUCCUGAACAAAUCACAGCACAAUUCGAGUCUGCGUUUUUUAAAGUCUACUUUUGCACCUGUCCACAAUGAAAUGCUCAAUUAACAUCUUCAGGAAUAUAAAACUCUGGAGGGCAUUUUUCCUCAUUUUCGGGAGUCAAAAAUAUCAGGGUAGUCUGGACGAAAAGUGAAAACGUUUUGUAAAUUAAAAAUGUAGUACUGUGGAUGUAGCCAAAGACUGGCAUGUGACUUUGAUUUUACUGGGUGUGUCUUUUGAAGCUCUGUGUGCCCCAACCCGGUCAGACUGCAGCACUUUCUUUCUGGAGUUGACCAGUUAGAGUAAACUGAUAGGUAAGCCACCAAAUCAUUCUUGCUUAUGGAAUAGAUAUAUUUCGCACUAUGUGAAUGUAUUAGUAUAAAUCUUUUGAACAGUUUUGUGUCAGCCAUAAAGCCAAUGUUAAAUGUGAUUACCAAUUUGGAUAAUAUCUGGUUAUGUUUAAAUCAGUAUUUGCAUGUCUGUGAAUUAGCUGUGCUCCCCAGGUAAGACAGGCUGAAAUCUAAAUAAUGAAUGUACACCUCGGCAUUAAUGUUUGCA